UCUUGUUUCUGAUCUCGUCCAUCUCCCCCGGGCUCUGUUUCGUUGCACCUCAUCGCUUCCCCCUUCUCCUCCCAUACCACCGCCCCAUAAUGUCUGAUUCCAUUACCGGUCUUGGCUUCGGUGUUGGCUUGGCCACUGGCGUCGUCGUCACUGCUCUUGCCAAGUACCUCUUCAGCCUCUCCGACAACAAGUCGGCCAGCCAGCAGCUCACCUCCCCUGCCACCACCACCACCACUUCCGGCUCGACCGUCGUCGACAUGGACAAGCUCCGCCGCUCCAACAUCGACAUCACUCUCGCCCGCCUCGAGAACGAGUUCGGCAUCCCCUCGCAGCGCCUCCAGGCCAUCGUCAAGUCCUUCGCCAACGAGCUCAAGAAGGGUCUUGCCGACGACAACCAGAUGUUCCUGCAGAUCCCCUCCUUCGUCUCGAACCGCCCCACCGGCACCGAGCUCGGCUCCUACCUCGCCCUCGAUCUCGGAGGCACCAACUUCCGUGUCUGCGAGGUCCUCCUCGAGGGCCAGGGCCGUGUCCGCAUCCGCCAAAAGAAGUACCCCCUGACCGAGGAGCUCAAGUCCGGCUCUGGCAAGCAGCUCUUUGACUUUUUCGCCGUCAAGGUCGCCGAGUUCCUGGACGAGCACGGCCUGCCCCGCGACAUCAAGACCACCCUUGGCUUCACCUUCUCCUUCCCCGUCACCCAGACCGGUAUCAACCAGGGUGCUCUCUGCUUCUGGAACAAGGGCUUCUCGUGCGAGGGUGUUGUCGGCCAUGAUGUCUGUGAGCUCCUCCAGAGCGCCCUGACCAGACAGGGCCUGAACAUCACCGUCUCUGCCCUUGUCAACGACACCGUCGGCACCCUCGUUGCCCACGCCUACACCGACCCCCAGACCUACGUCGGUAUCAUCCUCGGCACCGGCACCAACGCCGCCUACGUCGAGCGCGUCGAGAACAUCACCAAGUGGAAUGGCCCCAUCCCUCCCAACGGCGAGAUGAUCAUGAACACCGAGUGGGGAGGCUUCAACGAGCCUGCCGUCCUCAACAUCACCAAGUACGACAAGACCAUCGACCGUGCCUCGGCCAACCCUGGCAUCCAGGUCUUCGAGAAGCUCAUCUCGGGCAUGUACCUUGGCGAGAUCACCCGCCAGGUCAUCGUCGACCUCAUCUCCACCGGCGAGCUCUUCCGCGGCCAGUCUUCCCCCGCCAUCAACAAGGGCUACAGCUUCGAGACCGCCUUCAUGUCCCGUAUCGAGAGAGACCACACCCUCGAGCUCGCUGACACCAAGGCUGUCCUCGAGGACCUCCUCAAGGUCCCCGCCACCACCAUCGAUGACCGCCGCAUCGUCAAGCGCAUCUGUGAGCUCGUCGGCACCCGUGCCGCUCGUCUCUCGGCCGCCGCCACCGCCGCCAUCAUCACCAAGAUCAACAAGCUGGACGGCUGCACCGUUGCCAUCGACGGCUCUCUCUUCGAGCACUACCCUCACUUUGCCAACCGCAUGCGUGAUGCCCUCCACGAGCUCCUGGGUCUCUCGGCCGAGAACAUUGUCCUGACCCUGGCCCACGAUGGCUCCGGACAGGGUGCUGCUCUCAUUGCCGCUGUCGCCUAAAUCCGGUGAUUAUUUCUAUGGAAUUCCUCUGCUCUCUUUGCUUUUGCUGUUGUUGCCAUUUGCCACUACUGUAUUUUCUUUCUAUACUCUUGUCCUGCAAUUCCGACAAUCCCCCAACCCUUCUCCUCCCCCUCUGUCCGGCUCUGUCACUGCGCCGCCUCUUUCAUGCGCUUCACUAUUCCUACAAACAUCUCCCUCCCGUCACUGUGGCUGCUUGCUUCGAAAUAGAGAAAGAGGACGGGCAGAGGGAGGGGCUGCUUUGGUGGGGAGCGCCGUGUGGGACGAUCGUUCUAUCCGGCAAUUUCUCCGUUGCCAUCUCCUCUAAUAUCGCGUCUGUGCGGAUCUCGCCUGCGUCUGCGAGAGAUAUGCUCCUUUGGAUGCUGUCUCCGCAGCUCAUAAGCGCCGUAAUACAACUGCCUCUGAAAACAAAA